AUGAAGCCUAUUUCCGAUUUCAUUCCCACUGCGUCGACUUGCAGUGAUGGUAUUGUUGGCAAAGUUGAAGCACUGCAGGAAACACAAGAUGGAACCAAUGACAAUGACAGAAUCCAAUCAGUCAAGGCCGUUCCUGGAGGAAGCAAGUCUCUAAGUUUGGGCUCUAAUGCAGAGCUUGAAGCUGCACUCAACAAAUUCUUCGGCCGUCCACCCUUUUGCUUGAUCACUCCUGAUUGCAUCGAAUCACAUACAAAACUUGUGGCUGGAAAGAGGGCAUGCAAGGGCCGUGUCCAACUGUCCCGGCGCGAAUAUGCCAUUGUCACUUGGCUGGAUGUACUUUCAGAUACGUCACCGGCAAAUCAAUUUCAACUCCAAGAAAACGGGAUGUACCACUGUCGUGUCAAGGAAAGGCUGGUUGAGUUAUCUGCAGAGAAUUACCACUUCAUCAAAAUGGGGUACCCACAACGCAUGAUACAACAAGAGGUUGAUGAAAUGGUAGGAAUACAAGACGUCAGCCCUGUCAGUGUUAUCAUGGAUCAAUCGCGCAACAAUCCCGUACCCGCCCCAAUCGACAAAACCUUAACCUCACCUGCAUCAGAUCUCUCACCUCACCCUGAUAAAAGCACCACGGUAUCAGGUGAGAGUAAGAAGGACAUCAAGGGAAUCUCACAGGUUACUGAGGAAUUCCAAGCUGAAACAGCACGUCAUCGCUCCAACAGCCGACGGUCUGAUUCUCAUCCCCGUCGCAAGCAAGGUUUCUCUGGUUGGACCCCGGUGUUAGUGGCAGACAGCCCGGUCAGGUCAGCAGAUUAUCCGGCCAAACCUGACUUCCCGGCUCACAUGAAUGAUGGCAGCAUUAAUGACGGCGGCACAGGAAGCUUGGAUGUGGCAAAACAGACCCAAUCCGAAGCAAGUGGUCCUGGGAACACUGCCAAAAGUCCAGCUAAUCCAGCUACUCCGGUCCGUCACAAGGAUGCUUUCAUUCUCUGA